UUGACUCGGACCGAGAACCCGGGUGGAUGACAUUCACUCGGCGGCUAUGGGUUCACCAAAAUUGCACUCGCGUCGGUGUGAGUCCGGGUCCGGGUCCGAACUUUAGCGUUCGUCUCUGUCUCUUCCCAUCACUAUAGAAAGCCAGCAUCUGCACAUCAUUGUUCAGCUGAGCAAAUUUGAUUUUCUCUUCUUCUUUUGGGUAUUUUGAACAGAGAAAUCACCUCCUCUUUUAACCCCCCAAGCGGAGAAAUCCCCAUUUUUAUGAUCUUCUGUGUACCCAUGAAGCUAAAGAGAAGCAACAUGGGUUUCGAGAUUGGACAUGUUCCCUCCAACCGCGAUGGGUGGGGGCCGCCUGAGGGCCCUGUUGUACUUGAAAAUCAGCUUCAGAACGUGCCAUAUGCCCCCUACUCCAAGUCUGAGAAGCUCGGCCGCAUUGCAGAUUGGAGCCGCAACUACUCUGCCCACCCCUCGGCUCGCGACUCCUCUGCGGUAUUUGAUUUCUCCCUUGAUGAUGCAGACGACGAAUCCUUUCGUCUUGUUGAUGGGAAGCCCCCGCCGCGACCCAAGUUUGGACCCAAGUGGCGAUUCCAUCAAAAUCCCCACCGCCACCUCCCUCAGCGUAAGGAUGAGGAGGUUGAGGCCCGAAGGCGUGAGGCCGAGAAGAAGAUGCUGAGAAGAGAUCGGCUUUUCAAUCAAAAUCGUGCCAAUGCUCAGAGGAGGGACGCGGCCUCAUUCAAGAGUUCCGUGGAUAUACAGCCGGAGUGGACGAUGCUUGAUCAGAUACCGUUCUCGACUUUCUCGAAGCUAGCAUUCUCAGUGCCUGACCCUCCGGAGGACUUAUUAAUGUGUGGGGCGCUCGAGUUUUACGACCGGUCUUAUGAUCGUAUCAACCUGAAGAAUGAGCAUCGUCUUGAGCGAUUCAAGACCCGCAACUUCUUCAAGGUCACCACCACAGAUGACCCGGUAAUCCGCCGCCUGGCCAAUGAGGACCAUGCCACUGUAUUUGCCACUGACGCCAUCCUUGCGACCCUAAUGUGUGCACCGCGCUCUGUCUAUUCAUGGGACAUUGUUGUGCAGCGUGUUGGCAACAAGCUUUUCUUUGACAAGCGGGAUGGCUCCCAGCUUGACCUCCUCUCUGUCAAUGAGACCUCCCAAGAGCCCCUCCCUGAGGCCAAGGAGGACAUCAAUUCCGCCCAUUCUCUCAGUGUUGAGGCAGCAUAUAUUAACCAAAACUUCUCUCAACAAGUCCUUACUCGCGAUGGCAAUAAGCUCACAUUUGAGGAGCCGAACCCAUUUGCCUCUGAGGGAGAUGAGGUCGCUUCUGUGGCCUACCGCUACCGACGAUGGAAGCUCGACAAUGAGACCUCGCUCAUUGCUCGGUGUGAGGUCCACAGUGUCAUUGAUGCUAGGGGACAACGCUCUUUUCUCACCCUGAAUGCAUUGAAUGAAUUCGAUCCCAAGUACUCUGGGGUUGACUGGCGCCAAAAGCUUGAGACUCAAAAAGGGGCAGUGCUUGCCACCGAGCUCAAGAACAACACCAACAAACUCGCCAAGUGGACUGUUCAGGCACUAUUGGCUAGUGCUGAUGUUAUGAAGCUAGGUUAUGUCUCGAGGCUCCACCCUCGUGACCACUUUAAGCAUGUGAUAUUGAGCGUGCAAGGCUACAAGCCGAGGGAGUUUGCAUCUCAGAUCAAUUUGAACACAUCAAAUAUGUGGGGUAUUGUGAAAUCAAUUGUCGACUUGUGUAUGAAGUUGAAUGAGGGGAAGUAUAUCUUGGUGAAGGACCCCUCAAAGCCACAAGUGAGGAUUUAUGAAGUUCCCAUGGAUGCCUUUGAGAACGAUUAUGUGGAGGAACCACUACCUGAGGAGGAGCAGUUGCAGCCACCGACUGAGGAGGAAGCUGCUGACUCUGCUACGGCUGCUGCUCCUGUUAGCAAGGAUGAUGAGGAGAAGGAUGUGGAUGCUGAUGUUUAGAGUUUUGAUUUGGCCUAUUUCAUUUUUCUAGUUAGUGCUCUAGUAUUGUUGGUUUUGUGUCUUUGUGGUUCACUAUCAACCUGCCCUUACAAAAACUGUGAGGAUCGAAACUUUGGUACUGGUAUAUGUAGUAUUUUCCUGAGAGCAGCAUGGGUGUCUCUUCCGGUAGAGAUGUAUAUAUGAUAAUGCUGGAGAGAUUGUAAUGCUGGGGGAUAAAAGUUCAUUUAUAGUUGUCUAUAACUUGUGAUUGCCUC